CAUCAAUGCCGACGACAACUUGCUUUCCAUCGCACUAUCUCUCCUCCCCAACUAGUCCGUCUCCGAACGGCAUUCUCAGCGCUCAGCCAAGCUUCAGCCACAGCCAGCGACAUAUAUAACUAGCCUCAAGGCCCACAGUCCGCCAUGUCGUUCCACGCACUCAAACACCUCCGCACCCACCUCGUGCGCACCCCCUUCAACAUGCCUGCUCCCAUUGUCUCCCAGCGCACCGCCCUUUCGGCCGCCAAGGCGCAGCUCUCGACGCGCGGCCUCCGCGCCCUCUCCAGCCGCGCCUCCCAGGUCCUCCAGGCCGUUGGUCUCCCCACCGACGGCUCGACCAUCCCCGGUGUCUACGACGGCGCAUGGGGCGGCUCGGGCGAGAUCAUCGAGACCGUCUGCCCCUCGACCGGCGAGGUGAUCGGCCGCGUCCAGACCGCCACGCCCGACGAGACCCGCGUAGCCAUCGCCAAGGCCGUCGAGGCCGGCCGCGCCGUGCGCGCCAUGCCUGGCCCCAAGCGCGGCGAGAUCAUGCGCAAGAUCCGUGUCGCCCUCAACGACAAGAUCAACGAGCUCGGCGACCUCGUCUCGCUCGAGAUGGGCAAGAUCAAGAGCGAGGGCAAGGGUGAGGUCCAGGAGUUUGUCGACAUCUGCGACCACGCCGUCGGCCUCUCGCGCUCGAUCCAGGGCCGUGUCCUCCCCUCGGAGCGCGAGGACCACGUCAUCUACGAGAUCCCCAACCCCCUCGGCACUGUUGGCAUCCUCUCGGCCUUCAACUUCCCCGUCGCCGUCUACGGCUGGAACUUCUCUAUCGCCUUCGUCGCCGGCAACUCGACCAUCUGGAAGCCCUCGCCCACCACCCCCCUCUGCGCCAUCGCCGUCACCCAGAUCAUCCAGCAGGUGCUCGAGGAGAACGGCCUCCCCGGUGCCGCCGCCUCGCUCGUCACCGGCGACAUUGACGUCGGCAAGAACCUUGUCGCAUCCCCCCAGCUCCCCCUGAUCUCGUUCACCGGUUCGGAGCGCGUCGGCCGCGAGGUCGGCAAGAACGUCCAGGAGCGCUUCGGCAAGACCAUCCUCGAGCUCGGCGGCAACAACUGCGUCAUUGUCGACAAGGACGCCGACCUCUCCCAGGCCCUCCAGGGUGUGCUCUUCGCUGCCGUCGGCACCGCCGGCCAGCGCUGCACCUCGACCCGCCGCCUGCUGCUGCACAAGGACAUCGCCAAGCCCUUCAUGGACAAGUUCCUGCAGUUCUACGACUCGGCCAAGCCCGAGACCACGCUCGCCAUGGGCGACCCGCUCGACCCCAAGACCCUCAUCGGCCCCCUCCACUCCGAGGUCUCGGUCGCCAACUACGAGAAGGCGAUCGCUGGCGUGCUCGAGCGCGGCGGUGAGCUGCUCACCAAGCGCUCGGGCCGCAUGGAGGCGCCCGAGGCCUGGGCCGAGGCGACCGGCGGCAACUGGGUGUGGCCCGUCGUCAUGCGCCCCGCCCUCGACGACCCGUGCUGGCAGGAGGAGGUGUUCGCGCCCGUGCUCUACGUCGCCGAGUUCGAGACGCUGGAGGAGGCCAUCAAGAUCAACAACUCGGUGCCCCAGGGCCUCUCGUCCUCGCUCUUCACCAAGGACAUCCAGUCCAUGGGCAAGUGGCUCGGCCCCGAGGGCUCGGACUGCGGCAUCGUCAACGUCAACGUCGGCACGUCGGGCGCCGAGAUCGGCGCCGCCUUCGGCGGCAACAAGUCGACCGGCUGGGGCCGCGAGUCCGGCGGCGACGCCUGGAAGCAGUACGUCCGCUGGAGCGCCGCCACCGUCAACUACGGCUCCAAGCUCCCUCUUGCCCAGGGCGUCAGCUUUGGCUUCUAAGCAUCCCCUCCAUCUUGGAUCUUGGAUAGAGUGUAUUACGUAGCAGCACAGUAACAUUAUCAUCACAUGUACGGGUUUUGGAUUGAA